AUGGUGGACUUUUCGUCGCUGACUGGAUCCAAGCCGAGCGGCUCGUCGGCAGAGCAGAAAGAAGCUCUGAAGCAGCGCGUCUCUUCGGAGAUUGCGAUGGCCAAUGCGCAACAGCUCAUCUCAAAGGCCACCGACAAGUGCUACCAAAACAAAGAGCAGACGUGCGUCGAGCGCUGCCUCGAGCGCUACUUUGAGGCAUUCAACAUUGUGAGCGCUACAUACGUACGCCGCAUCGCCGCUGAGCGUGCAAGCGGCGCGCUGGCUGAUGCCUAA